AUGACGAAGCACAGCAGUAACGGACAUUCAGCUCGUGUGUCUUUGGAUAUACUUCCAGACGAUAUCAUAGAGCAGGUGUUUCAAUAUGCAUCGCCAUUGGACAAUUUGGACAGCCUGCAGAGAGUUUCGCGCAGGGUACAACAGUUAGCAAGCCAGCCUCUGUUGUGGAGGUACCACUGUUUCGCGACAUUCCAAUACUGGCAGCCCGAACAUGAGUUGGAACUUCUUCGAGAUAGAAACGCAUCUGCGACAAACUGGAAAGCCUUGUUCCUGACGCGCCAAAAGCAAAAUGCGUCAAUUGGACGUAUCUUCGAUCGCGUUAUUGCUACCAGGGCCGAUCGCAUCGCGGGCAUGCAACAGAUCUGCCAGUACGGCUACGAUGCCAAGGAUUUCCUCCUUGAAAAGUGUCACAUUUCCUAUGAUGACCCAAAUGUGUUGGCAGUAAGACACUACGCAGGGGCCAUUCUCGGCAGCAUACAUAGGAGCAUUGCCGUUCACCAAUGGUUCCAAGUGAGCAAUUCGAGACAAUCAGACCCUCUCAACAUGAGAGUUUCUUUGGAACAUUCGCUGGCCGCCUUUGAUCUUUUUGUUCUGCACGAUCAGCGCGGUGAUCUCACAGAGACCAGUCAGCUGCUAGAUACUUAUGCAAGAUUAUUCAUGAGGCAUCAGCCUCAGUGGGACGAACUGAGCACGAGGCAAAAAGCUUUGACGUUGAACCGGUGGAUACGUGAAAACAACCUUGCUGGGUUGGACGAUCAACGACACGAUUAUAGAAACCUGCGGAAUUGCUUCAUCGGACAGGCACUGCGAGGUUCAAAACACGAAUCGAUACCAAUCAUCUCCUGCGCAAUAUACUGUUGCAUCGCCGAGAGAAUUGGCCUACGCGCAGAAUGCUUCUUGGCGCCUAUCUGCGUACAUGUUGUGGUCACUGCGCCGCCUGGCAAUGAUCUAGACAUGAACCCUAGCCAAGACGAGCACCAAAUGUAUUUAGACCCAUUUGCUACCAAUGGUGAAGUACCUAUCGACAAGUUGCAGCAUCUCGUCUCGCACGCCGACAUGACCGUCGCGAGCUUGCGCAACUCUGGCACCGUCUUUGCCAUCACCAGCCGAACCGCGCACAACAUCGAGGCGUCCCACGCCGCGGGCUCCCGCCGUGCCGAUCCUCUAUCACUCAGCAAGCUUCUACACGGCCAUUCGGCCGUGAAUCGGCAGCUGGCGCUCUACGCGACGCGCUGGGCGCUACUUAUCCUACAGGUGCCCUACACGCGCCGCUAUCAGGACCGCCGCAUCCAGCUCCUGGGACACAUCAUGCGCGACUGGCCUGAGGACGAGUGGAUCAUGUCAAAGUACGUGCUGGCGCAGAGCCAGCGCGCUGGCACCCCAGAUCACGGCUGGGGGCUCAGGGGCAUGUUUGUCCGUCGCCCGGACCCGAUGCAGACCGACCCCUUCCAGGACGAGCUGACCGCGGACCGCGUUGCCCCGUUCCGUCUCGGCCAGAUCUUUGUGCACAAGCGCUACCAGUGGCUUGGUGCUAUUGUUGGGUUCUACGAAGUGCCACCCGCGUCAUGGGACCUCGAGUCGUGGGGCAACUUUGAUGCCGCUUCAGAAGGCGACAGCGCUACGCAGAGUAACACUGAUAGAAGACGAUUCUACGUCAAGACUAUAGCCGCUUCCAGCACAGACGAACAGGUCAUUGCUCCGGGAAACCUGAGAGUCAUUAGUGACGAAUCCCGGGUGACUGGGGGAAUGUUUCCGCUGGCGGGCAAGUACUUUAAGAGAUUUGAUCGGGAAAGGUGCCGCUUCAUAUCCAAUAUUGACGAGGAAUACCCCUGCUUGACUGCUGGGGACUGA